UUAUUCAGCCGGACCGGAGGAGAGGAGCGGCGCUUCAUAGCAAAUAUUUGAAUGAAUUAAACUUGAUUCCUGCAAAAAUGUGUAGAGACGAUGCAGAAAUGGGGCUAAACAGCACGGCUUUGGACAUCCGGCAGCAAAAAAGGGCAAGAUAAAACGAACAGGGGUGAUUAUGAUCAGGCGUUAUCGCAGGAGCGGCCGUGUUUUGAAUCCCUCCUGCGUGAUAUUAUACCUUAACAUCAUAGAUAUAAAGAUUUAACAGAUUUCGUGUUGCUGCGAAAGUAUGCAUAAUGAUUUGAAUUGUAUGCAUGUAGAUUCUGCAGCAAAACAUGACAUCAUUUCCCAUCAAUAAGUGAAUAUCAAUCAUCCUACGUGAUCUUAAUAUGUUUUCGUGCGCCUGAUUUCAAGAUUAUAAGAUAAAAAACGCAUUUAUAAAUGCAACUGUCCCGUUAAAUGUCCGAAUAAUUAAUACCCAUUUAAAAAAAAAAAUGUCUGCUUUCUGCGCAAAACACCUGCUCCAGAACUUCAGGUACAUGAUGCACAGGGUUUCCAUUCGAAUCCCGCCCCGGAGAGUGUUUCUUUUUAAAGGCACUCAUGUUUUAUCUCAAGCCCCUAAAGUGGGACUUUUCUGCUGGACUGCAUGCGGCAUCACUUACGCCGCCGGACAGGAAGCCACCCGUCAUCAGAAGCCCGCAGAGAGGAAGUCAGUGGCCCGAGUGCAGAUCCACAGGUUAGUGUUCGUCUUGCGUCUGGGCAUCCGAGCCUUGGUGCUUCUUCUCAAAUUCAGCCCACUUCUGAUUCUGUAUCCCCUGACUUUGCUAUCGCAACGUUGGGCGUCCCGUUGGUUGGACGCCCUGCUUUGGGUCACGGAAACAUCUGGGCCGACGUUCAUCAAGCUGGGCCAGUGGGCCAGCACCAGACGGGACAUCUUCUCCCGGGACUUCUGCGAGCGCUUCUCGAGGCUUCACGUGCGGGUUAAGCCUCAUCCCUGGUCGCACACCAAGCUCUGUCUGAGGAGGGCGUUCGGGGAAGGCUGGAGGCAGAUGUUUGUGUUUGACGGUAAGGAGCCGGUGGGAUCGGGAUGCGUGGCGCAGGUGUACCGGGCCAAAGCCAAGGUGAAGAGCGUCGACGAUCCGGCCUUCCGGAAGCUGGUGGAGGAACUGGAGAAGAACAGUCUCCUGGAGGCCUGGGAGAUCCCUGGUCUGGGAGGAGCUUUGAGUGACUUCUGGGAGACGGGUAAAGAUGAGGAAGAGACGGCGGACACCAAGACGAGGGAUUUCGGAGAGAGACCUGGUCCAGAAGAACACCUGGAGGAAGAGUCUCUGAUUCCUGUGGCGAUUAAGGUUCUUCAUCCAGGAAUCAGGCAGCAGGUGCAGAUCGAUCUGAUCCUGAUGAAAGCUGGAAGUUUAUUCCUCAACUGUUUGCCCGGCGUCAAGUGGCUCAGCCUCCCUGAGAUCGUAGAUGAGUUCGAGAAGCUCAUGACCAGACAGAUCGAUCUUCGGUUUGAAGCGCAGAACAUCGAAAAGUUCCAGAAGAACUUUAAAGAUCUGCAUUACGUGAAGUUUCCGACGCCCCUCAGACCGUUUGUCACAAGGACUGUGCUGGUAGAAACAUACGAGGAAAGUGAACCCAUUUCGAAGUACCUGAGCUCAGACGUUCCUGAGGGAAUCAAGCAGAGAAUCGCGCGGAUGGGUGUCGACCUCCUUCUGAAAAUGGUGUUUGUGGAUAAUUUCGUCCACGGCGACCUCCAUCCCGGGAACAUCCUGGUGCGGGCCGGUCGAGGAGAGGCGUGCCAGGACACGCCGACUCUGACGGACAUGUGCGAUACCGUGGUGGUCAGCAUGAGGCCGACUCCUUCGCCUCUACAGCUGGUGCUGCUGGACGCCGGCAUCGUGGCGCAGCUCAGCUCAGCGGACCAGCGCAACUUCCGAGCCGUGUUCACCGCUGUCGUUCUCAAGCAGGGUGAGCGAGUCGCCGAGCUGAUCCUUCAUCACGCCCGCGCCAACGAGUGCCAGGACGUGACGCGUUUCAAGAAGGAAAUGGCUGAACUAGUGGAUCACGCUCUCAGCGACACGCUUUCUCUGGGAAAGAUCCAGGUGGCCGAGCUGUUGUCUCGAGUCUUUGGCUUACUGAUUCAUCACAAGGUGAAGUUGGAGAGUAAUUUUGCGUCUAUGGUGUUUGCCAUCAUGGUUCUGGAGGGUCUGGGUAGAUCCCUGGAUCCCAACCUGGACAUCCUGGAGAUCGCCAGACCCCUCCUGCUGAAAAACCUGCUCUGAUACGUUCUCCGGCGGCGCUGCCAACGUUUACCUCACUGUUCCAGACGCCAUUAACGGCCUGCUGCUCAAAAAAAAAAAAAAAAAAAAGAGUUGAUCAGGGAAUUUAACGUCACUCAGUGGAAAAAAAAACACGUAUCUGGGAUCAAUUUACAUGUACGUGGUUAUAGGCAAAAUUAAAGGUGUUCCUGGAUCUUUCAGUCUAUAAUGUACGAUAUGUCAACUGAAUCCUACAUCCUGCUUUCUAAGUUUCUAAAGAUAUAUUGAGUUAAAAUCCCUUAAAAGUUACAUUGAGUCAGUCCAUUAACAUUUAUAAAGGAACCAAACAAGACUUUUUUUUGUUUGUUUGUUUAAAUAUAUAUAUAUAUAUAUAUAUAUAUAUAUAUAUAUAUAUAUAUAUAUAUAUAUAUAUAUAUAUAUAUAUAUUUCUUAACUGGGCUCUGAGUUUAUCAAGUUUAAUUAUGCGUUAUGUUCAUGAGAUGCCAUAAAAGAUCCGAUGUAGCUCUCAUCCUUUUCAUUGUCCUUGUAUCAUGUAUGAUGACUUGUUUAGAAAUGGCUUGAAAUAAUUCCUUUGUGUAUUUUGCACACUAUUGUCUGAAUUAAAUUAACGAUCUAUA